UAAAACAGAGAAUGAGACAUUAACCACGGCGUUUACAACAGCCAUCACAAACCCAGUUGAAAUAAAUAACACAUGGACUGUGGCAUCUGGUACAAUAGUCCUAGAGUGCUACUUUGGCCAAGAAGGAAUUUGUAGUGGGGUUCUGUUAGAUGGUGGAAGGAGAAGACAGGGUAUCUAUUCACUUUAUGGUCCUCUUCUCAAUGGAAGGCCUGUUUAUAUUCAAGAAGGUGAAGCUGCCUUCCUUUAUUACGUAAUCCAGAAUCCGCAAAGCAGGUUCUGGAUCAUCUCUAACAAUAUUUUAUCCACUAUUGAAUCCACUUCUGGAGUAGUUCGUGUUUACGACAUAGCUUUGUCGGCUGAUGGCAUAACUCGUACAUGGCAAGCAUACUCACAAGCUGGCUGGGUGGAUGACACUAAAUUGGAAGCAGCAUGUAUUACAAAUAACACCGUCCCUAGCGAAACUUUAUACAUGGGGGGUGUGGUCACAUCGUCAACUCCACAAACUCAAAGGUUAGGAUUUUACACGAUACACGGAGACUAUCACAAUUCGAGACCAGUAUAUAUUCACGAAUCAGGCAAAUAU